GAAGGUGACACAUCCUGCCUCCCCAGCAUAUAAAUGCAGGGAGCCUUCUCCAUGAAGUGCUGCCGGCACUAAGGCAUGACAGUUUAGUACGUUUCUUCCCCGAACGUGCAACCUUUGCCCAAGGUCACAACUCGCCAGCAGCUCAGAUCUUUACUAAAGCAACACCCGGCUCAUUUGUCGCUUACCAUCCAAUUCAACAUGGCGACCCGAUGGGGACUCUGUGGCGCCGGAAAGAUCAGCCAUGACUUCAGCGUGGCCAUGAAGACUCUUCCUCCCGGAGAUCACCAGAUAGCAGUCAUCGCAUCAAGGAGCUUGGAGCGUGCCAAAGAGUUUGCCAAGAAGCAUGGUAUUCCUAAGGCUUAUGGCAGCUAUGAGGAGCUGGCCAACGACCCAGAUAUUGACAUUGUGUACCUGGGAGUGUUGCACACUGAGCACUGGCGAGUUGGUCUGCUGUUCCUCAAGGCUGGAAAGAACGUGUUGUGUGAGAAACCUUUUGCUAUGAACUCCACACAGGUGAAAGACCUCGUCGCUGCCGCCAAGAAAAACAAUGUCUUCCUGAUGGAGGCCAUCUGGUCCCGCUGUUUCCCUGUGCAUGCCGAGGUGCGCAGGCUGCUGGCGGAGGAGGCCGUAGGGGAGGUGAAGCUGGUAAAGGCCUACUUUGGCUCCCCCCAGCUCCACAUCCCCCGCUCAGUGGAGAAGGAGCUAGGCGGAGGGGCGCUGCUAGACAUUGGCGUGUACUGCCUGCAGUUUGUCCUGAUGGUGUUCAACGGGGAGAGGCCAGAGUCCAUCCAGGCCACAGGGGUGCUGCUUGAUUCAGGAGUGGAUGAAUCAGUGGUUGUGGUGAUGAAGUUCUCCAGGAAGAGGAUGGCCUUCUGUUGCUUUUCAAUCGCUGCACGCCUUCCAAACGAUGCUGUCAUCAGCGGCACUAAGGGCUCCAUUAAAGUUCUCGGCCCCAUGCACUGCCCCACCGCACUAGUGGCGAACGACAAGGAGACGGAGUACCCUCUGCCUGAGCCGUGCCUCCCUCUGAAUUUCACCAACAGCACUGGGCUUCGCUACGAGGCAGAGGAAGUAAGGCAGUGCCUGCUUAAGGGACUUAAGGAGAGCCCACGGAUGCCUCUGGCAGACUCUGUCUUACUGACAGAGAUCAUGGAUGAAAUCAGGAAACAGGUGGGAGUUGUCUUCAGCCAGGACAGCCAGUGACAUCACUCCAAAAGCCAGGCCGUUUCACCUGACUUAAACCUACUCAGAUGGAACGGGGAGUGGAGCUGCUUGGGGCAGGCUUUGGAUUGUUUGGUAUAAGCAGAUCACUCAUGGCACUGUGUGACAAAGCCUGAGCAGAUGCAGUGUCAUCAGGGAUAACAUUUUCAACUGAUACAAUCAGUAAAUUAUUGGUACAUGCAUAGACUUUGUUCUUUAUAUAUUCUUUUAGCAUCAAGACACAGCUCCAAACACAGUCAUUCCACCUCAGAGAGACAAUGUAAACGACUUGUAAAUUCUUAAUAUACAGCACAUGACACAGUUUUGAAGAAAUGUGGUUGAAAAUGUGUUUUAAACCAAACAAAUCAGCAUGUAAACAAACGGAGCAACCAUGUUGUGUGUCACCAUCCUGUAAUCAAGUCCCAGGCCCUUUAAAGACAAACCCAGCUGUCACUGUGAGGCAUGUGAUUGAUGAAUCCAAUAAAGGACUGAUUGUG